CUACUUUUUCUGAUUUUUUUUUUUUUUUUUCUCGCGAAAUUUUGCCCAAGUUUCCUGGAAGUUGCCCAUUCAAUGUGUGAUUUUUGACCAAUGCUUUGCUUUGCUUUACUUUUUCUUGUCUAUUUCUCCUUAUUUUCUCUCGUCUUCCCGGACGUCUGAGUUCCAUCUACUUCAGAGUUCACGAUGCUCUCUAGUCUCUACUUCUGAUGAUAAACCAAAGAGGUAAAGACUUUGAUUGAUCUCCACUUUUCUCCAACAGAUCCAUUCUUCUCUGCUCCCUCUGUUCAAUGACUACCACUACAAGAGCCAAAGAGCCCCCCUCCUCCUGCUCCUCCCCUUCCGCUUCUCGAUGUAGCGGCAGCUAUCACGUGUUCUUGAGCUUCAGAGGCGAGGACACUCGCUGGACCUUCGCCGACCACCUCUACGCGGCUCUUACGAACGCCGGAUUUCGCACCUUCAGGGACGACGAUGAAAUUCAAAGAGGAGAAAGCAUCGAGGUUGAGCUGCGGGGGGCAAUCGAAGAGUCGAGGGUUUCAAUUGUUGUCUUCUCCAGAAACUACGCGUCUUCGACCUGGUGCCUCGAUGAGCUUGCGAUGAUCCUCGGAAGACGACGGAGGGGGGACUCUGGCCACGUGGUUCUGCCGGUGUUCUACGGCGUGGAUCCGUCGGAUGUCAGGAAACAAAAGGGAGUUUAUGCGGAGGCAUUCGCGAGGCAUGAAGAGCGAUUCAAUAAGUUCGAGGUGGGAGAGGGUGAAGCAGCAAAGGAGUGGUUGGUUGGAGAAAUUGAAGGGGUGGAGGGAAGCGCUGGAGGAAGUUGCUGUUAUAGCAGGAAUGCGUUUACCAGAUGGAGGUGGCGCGAGUCAAAGUUUAUCCAAAAAAUUGUCAAGGUGGUUGAAGACAAGAUAAGGCGGCCAAGAGUCUUGAAUGUUGCACCUUACCCCAUUGGAUUAGGUUCCCGUGCCAAAAGCAUUAAUUUGUGGUUACAAGAUGGAGGGGCUGAUGCCGGAAUUAUUGCCAUUUGUGGGAUGGGUGGAAUUGGCAAAACAACCAUUGCCAAAUUUGUGUACAACUCAAACUCCUCAAAAUUUGAAGGUAGCAGCUUCAUAGCAAAUAUAAGAGAAAUUUCUGGACAACAAAACGGUUUAAUUCGUUUACAAAGCCAACUUCUUUCAGAUAUUUUGAGAAGAAAAGGGGAAGAAAUACGCAAUGUUGAUGAAGGGAUUGUUAAGAUCAAAGAAGCUAUUGGUUUUAAAAGAGUUCUUAUAGUUCUUGAUGAUGUGGAUAAACGGGAACAAUUAGAUGUAGUCCUUGGAAUGAAGGAUUGGCUUUCACCAGGUAGUAAAUUGAUCAUAACUACUAGACAUGAGCAAUUACUAAGGGCUCAUGAGUGUUGGAAAGUACACAAGGUAGAGGAGUUGGAUCACGACGAAUCCCUACAACUUUUCAGUUUGUAUGCCUUUGGACAAAGCCAUCCUAUUGAUGGUUAUUUGGUAGACUCAAAAAGGGCAGUAGAUUAUUGCAGAGGGCUUCCAUUAGCUGUUAAAAUUUUGGGUUCUUCCCUAUCUGGCAAAAGUUUAGAUGUGUGGAAUAGUCAACUACAAAAAUUGAAGGCAAUUCCUGACAAUGAAAUCCUUGAAAAACUCAAACUAAGUUAUGACUCUUUACAAGAUGACCAUGACAAAGAUUUAUUCCUGGAUAUUGCUUGCUUCUUUGUUGGAGGGGACAAAGACACCACAAUUACAAUCCUAGAGGGAUGUGAUUAUUACGCAUUGGUUGGGAUUCAAAAUCUUAUUGACAGAAAUAUGUUAACCAUUGAUGGAGCUAACAAGCUGCUGAUGCAUCAAUUGAUUCAGGAAAUGGGAAGGGAAAUUGUCCGGCAAGAAUCACCCAAAGAGUUAAGAAAACGGAGCAGGCUCUGGAAUCACAAGGAUUCCUUUAGCGUCUUGAAUGAAAAAACUGGCACAACAAAAAUCAGAGGCCUCGUUCUUGACAUGCAUUUCUUGAAGGAAUAUGAGUCUGAAUGGAACAGCUUUGGGCCCAACAGCUGCUCUAAAAAGCGGAAGAGGUUUCCCUUUGGUUCCCCUAUGGGCAUUACUACAAAAAAUUCAAAUGUAGCUUUGGAAGGUGAUGCAUUUUCAGGGAUGUCCAAUCUACAACUUCUACAGAUUAGUCAUGUACAAGUAUUUGGAAACUAUGAAAAUUUCCCCAAAGGAUUGAGGUGGUUGCAUUGGUCUCAUUUCCCUUUACAAAGGAUGCCCAACGAUUUUCCUUUGGACAUGCUGGUUGCUCUUGAAACGCCUUAUAGUUGCUUGCAAAAGGUUUUGAAUGGAACCAAGUGCCUCUUAUUACUGAAAAUCCUUAAUCUAAGUCAUUCCCAUUAUCUUUUCAAGACUCCUAAUUUCUCAAGGUUGCCGAAUCUCGAGAGACUUAUACUUGAAAAUUGUAUUAGGUUGGUUAAGGUUGAUGAAUCAAUUGGAUGCCUAGAAAGACUUGUUUUCUUAAACUUGAGUGAUUGUCAAAGCUUGAGGGAGCUUCCACAAACCUUUUAUAGGCUAAAAUCUUUGGCAACACUCGACAUUAGCGGUUGCUUAAUGCUUGAAAAUGUUUCAGCUGAGCUGGGUAAUAUGAAUUCUUUGGCAGUGCUUCUAGCAGAUCGAACUGCAAUAAAUCGAUUAUUCUCUAUCAACGGGGAGGUGAAAGCAUGGCAUUUAUCUGCAUUGCCUUGUCCACUAAAUCUAAGAAGUCAGCCAGAAUUUUCAUGGGUUUCUUUUCCAAAGUCUUUGGUACAUUUAAGUCUUGCAAAUUGCAAUCUGUCUGAUGACAGUUUCCCUAGGGAAUUUAGCAGCCUAUCCUCAUUGCAGAUAUUGGAUUUGAGCAGGAAUCCAAUUUGUAGCCUCCCAAAUUGCAUUAGGGAUCUUUUUGGGCUCAAGAAGCUAUGGUUAAAAUCAUGUCCAUGGCUUUUGACACUUCACGGGCUGCAGCAAAGUUUAGAAGAAUUGCAGACUGAAGACAGUGAAUUGUUGGAAAAAAUAAGCUUUGCCUCAGUAGAUUUAACCAUAAAAACCUUGGGUUAUUAUUCUUGCAGCAGUCUAGUUGAGAUUUUCGGCUUAUUCAAAUUAGAACCCUUGGAAUGUGUUGAUGCGGAGCUAAUUAACAAUUUGGGCUUAUGUGACUUUGAAGGCAUGGAAAAAUCACUUAUGAAGUUUUUAUCAAUCAAUGCAUCACAUAAAACGCGGAUGUCUCCUCCCCUAGGAUUACAUGAGUCUUAUACAUUUUGCACUUAUGUGCUUGGAAGCAAGAUGCCUAACAGAUUCAGUCUUAAGAAUGUAGGAUCCUCAAUAUCUUUUACCAUGCCUUCUGGUGCUAAUUUCAGAACUCAAGGUUUGUCUAUAUGUUCUGUUUAUGCACUUCCCAACCCUGGGACUUCCAAUGCUUCAUCUGAUUAUGAUGGGACGGGAGGCUGGCACUUACACACAAUUAUCAGUAAUGCAACCAAGCAUUUGAAAUGGAGCUAUUGCCCAGAAGUUCAUGGCAUUCCAAGAGCUGGUGAGGACUUGAUGUGGUUAAGUUAUUGGAAGUUUGAGGAUCAGUUGGAAGGUGGCGAUGAAGUAAAUAUUUCAGUUACAAGUGAUCAUUAUCAAGUGAAUGAGGUUGGGAUUCACCUUGUGUACAAGGAGGCAGAAGAAAAGAAGAGCACUCAAUCUCUUAGUUUAGAAGUUUCCCAACAAAUUCAUCCCUAUGGAAAUGUCGUUCCUGGUUUUUGUAAUGGGGAUUGUGAGCACUGCGAGGAUUUUCCAGUGCCUGCAGAUCCAGCAAGCACUAGAGUCGUUGUUCUUGGCACCCAUCCUGCUGAUUGCAGAGGUUGUCCUGACGGUUAUUUGGAAUAUCACUAUGGGUGGUGUAAAGAUCGGUUCCGCCCCAUUUCUCUCUAUUCUUAGGGUGCCAGUCGUGGAAUGAAGGCAUCACGGUAAAAAAUGUUUAGAGCUUGUUGAUUGUGAUGGGCCCCCUAAAUAAAUCAUGAGUUUUUUUUUAUGCUGUUUCGCGUCCAUUUAGUUUAAGAUGAAACUACUAUUGAUGGAAUUAUUCUAUCCAACCAUGAAUAGAACUUGAAUUUUGAGAGGAAAGGAUGGGAGCAUGUGGGCCUUGCAUGCUGCUUGUGUAUAUAAAGUUCUCUGUUUCUCUCUUCUUUUGCUAGUGGUUUUUCACUGCUCCACCCUCUUUCUUUCUUUGGAAAUUGGAAGGUAAUGAUGCUUGAUAUUUGUACAACUCAAAGAUUUUUAUAUUUGAACAUUGAGAAGACUUUGCCACUUUUUGCAAAACCUGUAACUGAAAGGAAGUUAUUAGGAUUGCAUGUUGACAUUCUGUUAAUACUGCCACUGCAUCCAUUGCAUUUAACUAUGCCUCCUUUUGUGUGACAUGGGUUUCUUCACGAUUCAACCAGUCUCUUAGUUAUGUGAAUCCCUAUCCUAU